AUGAAGUUGACGGCCCCCCAGGAAGAUCACCAAAACUCGAGCUGCAUGGCGAACAACAUAUUUUGCUCUUACUCCUUCCUGGGCGAGUAUGAGGCCGCUCUGGAAUGGCAGGAAAUCAGUAGGGUGUGCUGGGAGCAGUGGGUCAAGUCUGAGAACGUUGAAUCACAUUGGCAUCCGAACCAAAGAUACGGUCAGGGAAGAACUUUGGCGUACAUGAAGAAGUGCCAGUUCUCUCGUGCUAGACUAGCCAUGUUUGAAGGAGACUUCAAGCUUGCUGAGCUCUUGUUCCAGAAGGUACAGAGCAUAUGGCUCAUGAGGAAUAGUUCCAGAACGUCAGACUUCUACGCGGCUACAAUCUACCGCAUGGGAUGUUGCGCGUUACUCGAAGGAGAAGUGGAACGAGCUGUGAAAUAUCUCCAAGAUGCGAUGGCAUUUGCAACAUUGCGAAAGGACUUACAGCUCUCAGAGGCUCUCUAUCAGAUGCCUGGUCGUGAAUUGGAAGCGGACCGGCUGCUCAAAGAAGCCGAGAAGCUCUACUGGAAGCGUGUCGAAAAGCCAAAAGCUGUUUCCGAGGAGGACCACGCAGAAUACGAAGUACCACAAAUGCAUCCGCAAGAGGAAGAUCACGACUCUUUGGUUUACAUCUUAUGGCGCUGAAUAUUGGAGGGAAAUUUCAUAGCUCAACUGGUAUUAGAUCCGACUCUGGUGUUGAGAACCGAAGACACGACCAGGAAUGCUGCCCUCGAACAAUCAUUCAAUGACACUCCAAAUGUCCAUUUCAUUCCCUGCUGCCCGUGGCUCAAUGGCAUUCAUGGCUUCGUUGGCGGGCUUGUGAUGAGUAGUUCGGUGAAUUGGCAAAAACCACGGCAAUUGAUGUAGAUCAACGUGUCGCCUAGCUGGACGAAGCGAGAUCAUGGGUCUUGACAAAUACAAAGAUUCUCAGCGUGCCUUUUCGAGGGAACGACGAGUACAUGCCUAGGAGAAGUUGAGUGGCGUAAGUAAGGUGAAUGUAAUCCUCCGUGGUCGUGUCCUUUCC